AAUUCCCGGGACGCUCCGCACAGAAAUGUGGCGGGAAAAUUGGAUUGGGAUUGAGCCCUAGAGGGAAGCGCGUCGAAUUCUUCUUCAAAGGCGCAGCGGCGAAAUCAUCGCUCGGAGCAAAGGCCGGCCCUUCCCGCAUCGAUCGGGAGCUCCGAAGCAAGAUGUGCCAGGUCGAAACCCCAGCGAUCGUCGACGAGAUCGCGGCCCUCGUUUCCGAUAAGCUUCAAGUGGUUUCAUACAAGUGGUUGAGCCGCAAUUUCUUGGUAUCUUCAAAUACUGCAAAGAGGUUGCUGCAAGAAUUUGUUGAAAGACAUGGAGACGGAUUGGAAGUAGUAUACUCCCUAUCUGGAUGGUUAAAGGACAAUCCGCCAUGUUACCAUAUCAAACUUGUUUCUGGGCCUAAACUUGCUGAAGCCAGGGAAGAAUUUGACGGUAAAUGCUCAGUUCAAGUCUAUAGUGUGCAAGCUUGCAUUCCGAAAGAUCCAGCUGCACUUUGGAAUGCUGAAUUUGUGCAGGCAGAGGAGCUUUUCAGCCAGGAUGCAACCACUGAAAAUUGUCUGAGAGAUAACAGGUUCUGUGCGGUAGCUAAUCCCUUUGUUAAGCGAAGUGCAGAUAGGGAAUUAUCUGACUUGGGAGCUCCCAAGCUGAAUGGCGCCAGAGCCUCAGGACCAUCAAAUACUGUCCAUCAAAAGGUUAACCCACCACAACCAAGAAAGAUUGAACAGACAAGCCAAAAAAAGUUGGAGCAAUCCGUUGAUGUGCUUAAGCAUGCAAAUAGUGAAGGUAAUGGUGCAGGAGUACAUGAUCAAGCCAGCAAAUUGCCUGCAGACAAAGAAAAAGUCACUAACUUGCCUGCGAGUAAAAAGUUGGGCCAGAAUGGCAAAAACUCUUCCACAGCUGGGGGUUCUCUGGCAAAUCUAUGGGGCCGUGCUUCCACCACAACAAAAUCAAGUGCUGGCCCAGCAGAAAAUAGCAGCUCUGCUCCAAGUUCCACUGUUAGUGCAGAAGCUCAAAUAUGUGCACAUGAGGCAGCAGAAUUGAACAGCGAUGAUGAGGGUCAGGAUGUCAAUUUUAAGAGAAGCUCCAAAACCGAAGGCGGUAGAAAAAGAAGAGUUGUAUUUGAUUUUUCAGAUGAAGAUGAGAAUGAAGAUGCAGUCAAUUUGGCAUCACCUGAUUUUCCAAAAGCCCGGUCUAUCCUCGCUUCAAAAGAGAGUACCAAGGAGUUAGUUUCCAAGAAGAAGUGCGAGGAAGAUAACAUGGAAGUUGAUGAAGUAAAAGUUAGCGAGGAAGAACACCACCAGCCACCAAAGGAAGAUGUUUCUGCCGUCAGCAGAGGCAUGAACAUUGGGAUGUGCUCUUUGAAGGGCCAAAAUCGUGGUUCCUCCAAGGAUGUAAGUAAUAAAGUGACAGAUUCUGCUCCAACCUCACCGAAGAGGCGAAAGGUUUUGAAGACUAGAAUCGAUGAACGUGGGAGAGAAGUAACCGAAGUGGUCUGGGAUGGUGAGGAAGAAUUGAAAAAAGCAAACUGUACUACAGCUGACAAACCUAAUGAUGAGAGAGCUGCUGACACCACGAGCAGGCCUCCUGUGACAAAGAAGUCCCCGGCAGUCAUUCCCACAUGUCCUACCAAUCCAGUAGGCAAGGCAGGAAACAAGAAAUCUGCAAGUCUUAAAGAUCCUAAGCAAGGCAACAUCUUGUCCUUCUUCAAAAAAGUUUGAGGACAGCUUGAGACACUGUAUUUUCUCUAUCCCGUAUUCUUGGUUGUGAUCUCCUCUGUGUACAUGUAAAAGUUUCAUGCAAUUAGUUCAUUACUUUAGUUAUGAACUUUUUGAAGCUCCGCAAUUCGGGAUGGUUUCUAUCA